GCGGCAGCGUCUGGCCCGGGAAGACGAGCGAAGCAGGAGCAUCAGCAGCAGCGGCGGCGCAGGAGGAGGAGAAGACAGGAGGGGGAAGGCCAGCACAGGACAAGGACCGGCCUUCGCCAUGGCCAUCCGCAAGAAGAGCACUAAGAACCCUCCCGUCCUGAGCCAUGAAUUCAUCCUGCAGAAUCACGCCGACAUCGUCUCUUGCGUAGCGAUGGUCUUUCUGGUGGGGCUCAUGUUCGAGAUUACAACAAAAGCAGCAGUUAUUUUUGUUACUCUUCAAUACAAUGUUACCAUUCCAGCUACAGAAGACCGUGCAACAGAAACGCUCUCUUUCUAUUACUAUGGCAUCAAAGAUUUGGCUACAGUUUUCUUCUAUAUGCUUGUAGCAAUAAUUAUUCAUGCAAUAAUUCAGGAAUAUGUCUUGGAUAAAAUUAAUAGGCGAAUGCACUUCUCUAAAACGAAACAUAGCAAGUUUAAUGAAUCUGGUCAACUUAGUGCAUUCUACCUUUUUUCUUGUAUUUGGGGCACAAGCAUUCUAGUAUCUGAGAACUUCAUCUCAGAUCCAUCUAUUCUGUGGAAAUCCUACCCCCUUACCUUGAUGACAUUUCAAAUGAAGUUUUUCUACAUAUCACAGCUGGCUUACUGGUUUCAUGCUUUUCCUGAGCUCUACUUCCAGAAAACCAAAAAAGAAGAUAUUCCACGACAACUUGUCUAUAUUGGUCUUUAUCUCUUUCACAUUGGUGGAGCUUAUCUUUUGAACUUGAACCAUCUGGGACUUGUUCUUUUGGUGCUGCAUUAUUUUGUUGAGUUUCUGUUCCAUAUUUCCAGACUGUUUUAUUUUAGUGAUGAAAAAUAUCAGAAAGGAUUUUCUUUGUGGGCAGUUUUAUUUGUUUUGGGAAGACUUCUGACUUUGAUUCUCUCUGUAUUAACUGUUGGCUUUGGCCUAGCAAGAGCAGAAAAUCAGAAGCUGGAUUUCAGUACUGGAAACUUCAAUGUGUUGCCUGUCAGAAUUGCUGUUCUUGCAUCAAUUUGUAUCACUCAAGCAUUUAUGAUGUGGAAGUUCAUUAAUUUCCAGCUUCGAAGAUGGAGGGAACAUUCUUAUUCUCAGCCUCAGAUUGUAAAAAAGAAGUCUACAGUAACUAAAGGCAGGUCUUCUAGAAAAGAAAAAGAAAAUGGUGUAAAUGGAACAGUAACUUCAAAUGGAGCUGACUCCCCUCGUAACAGGAAAGAGAAAUCCUCAUAAGUGAAUUUUAUCAAAUUAAAUGACUAAUGUCCCCAAAGAAAUCUGCUUUUUACAAUAAGGAGUUCUUCAGCACUAGACAUCAUUCUGAUCCUAAAAAUACAGUUCCUGCUCUUUGAUUCUUGCUAUUCUUAUAUGAUUUCAUUCAUCUUUUUUUUAUGGGCAGUUUCGGGGGAGGGUGAUUUCUGUAAGGGAGAGAAACAUUUUGGCUUAGACUAUAAGCUACUUAUCUUCAGAUAAUUAAGGGACCAUCACUUUCUGUUUGUUUUUGUCUUUUUUAAACUUUUUGUAAUAAUUUGGGAUAAUUAGUUAUUUAAAUUUCACAUAUUAAAGAUUAGUGAUUCAUUGUAAUGUUCCCACCUAUUUUUUAUGAGUUUGGCAAAUAGCCAGUUCCAACAAAAUCUUUUUUUUUUUUUCAGUUCUAUUUCAAGAUCAAUAUGAAAGUAGCAUAAAAUUGCAAGUCAAAUUUUAAAUAUGUUUUAGUCUCUUGACUUUUAGGAGUUUUGUUUUUAGUAGAAUUACAACUGGAAACCUGAAUUAUCAAAACCAUCAACAUAAUUGUGUGCUUUAUUUUGUAGCUAGUGGUUGUCAGUGCUGCAUACUGAUAGUUGGAAAAAAGAAAGACACAGCUAUUCAUUGGAUGAAGUAUUUCAAAGGCAUAUUGCCUAUAAUGAAUUGAAAUUUCUUGUAUAAAUAUGAAAAUACUCAUAAAAGAGUCUUUUAAAGUGUAUCAAAAAUACAGACUGGAAAAUAGAAUAUCAAGUGUACACUGUAGAAAGCAAAAUCAGACUUAUGUGGCCCUUUUAAUAAGUUUAUCAAAAAUUAUUCUUAGUAGGGCUUGUCUUAAGUUCAGUGUGUACAAUACCCUAGAGCAAUGCUUUUUUUUUUUUGGUGUGCAAAACCUUUUUGGAAAAUAACGCUGUCUAUUUGAUCAAUAUAUUUGAACAGAAUGUCAUAUUUACAUCUAGAAUAUGUACUAUGUGCACUAAUUCAAAAAGGAAUAGAAAGUUCAGGUGGAUGAGCAGUCUUGUGAAAGACAAUGCUUUAUGUUAUAACUAGCUUUGGUUCCAUCAUUAAUUGAGAAACAUUUAUCUGUAUAAAACAUAUUUUUGGAUAAAAUAUAUAUAUAUAUAUAUUUGUAUCUUUACAGAAAGGCUAUAAAAGCAUUUGAGUAAAAUAUUUGGUUCCCUUUUCUAUAAUCAUCCUUUGAAAUCCUUAUAACUAUUUGAUUUGUCUUUGUCUUUCCCAUUCAUAUAUUGUUCCUUCAGUGUUCAUAUCUUGUCCCUGUUUCUUACUUUUAUCAAAAAAAAAAGUUAAAUGUUUGUGCCUUUUUUGUGUAAUGUUUGCAGACAAAAAAAUAUGCUUUCAUUCCCUGACCACCCUGUUAUGAGGUCUGCAGUUGAAGCGGCCGUGCUGCUAAUAAUGUCAUGCUUUCAAUUCUUCACAGCUAUUGACCCACUUCUAGGAAAGGGGUCGUCCUUUGUAGCAUUAUGGAGUUUAGGGGAACUAGAUUGUUCCAUUUAAACUGUCAUCAGGUUGAACUAUACCUUGAGAAGCCCAGUCAAAAUAAAGACAUUUUUACUUUCACAA